UUAUGCGACACUGUUGAACAAUGUUUCUUCUGUCGAUUUUAUGCUGCAUACAUGAAAAUCGCUUAUUUUCCUAACACAUUAAUCAUGUUUUCGGUACUUCUACUUACGCUCGCAUGUUUUAGGGGGUCAUACGUGCUGUUUGCGUAAUAACAGCAAGCGUUUCCCGUCUUUUAUUGAGUUGGACACUUCUAUUUUCUGUUUCCCUUAUUAACUGGAAGAAAUGUAAUCAGAUUUAGGUUGUUUAAGCUCAGAUGAUGUCUUGAAAUUUGGGGCUGGGACCCGAAAUGUCACCCACGUACGCGACAACAAAGCCUGACAGUCUGCGCCGAGGGCAAAACAAGGGAACUUUCUUUGACCUUGAGUUGACGCCUGUGGUUGUCUUGUUGAAAUUACUUGUAUUCAUAUUUAAUAACAACAUUUUUUUUACAUUAAACCUAAAUACACGCUUAAAAUUACUACAAGAAAGAUUUAUUUUUCGUUCGCAUUUGAGGUACUGAGCAGGUUACAGCGCCUCUUGUGGUGGUGUGUGGCAUUGCCACUGUUUCCUGUUGCUGGGAGACUUGCUUUUCUUCAGCAUAACAGUAGUUUGUUGAGGUUUGUUUGGAAAAGUUAUGGAAAGUCUUGAUGAGUGUAAUGAGCGGGAUCGCUUGAAGAUGAGACUUGCUGUCUUGGAGGAGAGCGUGCGGUCCAGUGAGGUGGAGUGCAAAGGCAGCCAGGAGACGGUCCUGAGGCUGACGGCCGAGCUGGAUCGGGAGAGGAGGAAGGCCGCCAGCAGCUCAGUGGCUGUAGAUGCCCUCAAAGUGGAGCUGGAUGGACUCACAUUGGGAAAAAGCAGCCUUGAAGUGGAGAAGCGGACCCUGAUGGAGAGACUGGAAGCCAGCAAAAGAGUAGCGGAGGCGUCCCGGCGGGAAUCGCUGUGUUUAGAGAAGCAGGUGGAGGAGCUGGAGAGGAAGCUGCAGAUGAGUCAAAGAGAGACUCAGGAAGCCGGGGACAAACUUCUCAAGGUCCUCACCAAAGUGUCCUCCUUGAUCCAAGGAGAUGCAGAAGUCACGGUCCGGACUAAAGACAAGAAGGUUUUACUUGAAGCAGACAAGCUCUGCAGCAAGGCGGUGUCAGAGGUGCAGGCUCGUCUACAUGACAUGUCAGAGGCGCUGAGCGAGGAGAGGAAGCAGCGUCAGAGUAUCCUGCAGCGAACUGAGCUGGCGGAGCAGCAAGUGUCAGACCUGAGGCGGAGACUUCAACACGCGGAGGCGGAGCUCCUCGCGGCAGACGCACAACGACAUGGCCUGCGACUGGGCCGUCGGCACCACGAGGAGUUCCUGGACAGGCUGUCGGAGGCCAUGAAAGUGGAUGCCAUGGCGGCGGACGUGGGCACAGACAUGAGGCUGCCGCUUAUUCUGUCCCGGGCGGAGCAGCUCGUCAGAUGUGAAGGAGACGCUCUGAUGGAGAGCAAGAUUCUGACCUUUAACCUGCAGCGCAAGUUGAAGACUCAGAAGGAGCAGCUGGAGAGCAAAGGUCUGCACAUCCAGAUGCUGAGAAAGAAGCUGACGGAGCUGGAGGACGAGAAGAGGCGCAGGUCGUCGCUGGAGGACAUCCAUGCUGAGUCCAGACGUCUGCAGAAGAAAGUGGAUCGUCUGCAGGGCGAGCUGAGGGCCUCCAGGCAGUCCAACAGCGAGCUGAAGGCCCGGCUCUCAGACACCACGGCCGACCUCAAGUUGAGGCUGCAGGAACAGACCGAGGACACGCAGGAGCAGAAGAAGAAGCUGAGUCAGCUCCAGCAGGGCAAAGCCCACUCCGAGAGGAGGCUGGACACUUUGACCUCCGACCUGCAGAGUCAGGAGAGGCAGAGCAGAGAAGACCGGGCGCAACUCAGUAGUCUGAGAAGCAGCCUGGCUCAGCUCUCGGCCUCAGAGAGAGAGCUGAUGGACUUCCGCAUGGUGGUCUCGCAGUUGGUGGGUGUGGACGCCACGGCCUCGUCCUCGCUUCUCCCCAGUCAUGAAAUCAUCCGCCUGCUGGAGGACCGCCUUCACUCCCAUCAUCAUCAGCAGCAUGGAAACACACCUUGGUUCUGUGCAGCCCACCAGAGCGCUCAUCUGCCCUCCUCCUCGCACGCUUCUGUCAGCCAGGACGAGUGAUCUGUCAUUCUUAUCAAUCUCAUAAUCAUCAAUA